AUGACCAAUGGUGAAGGCGUAAUCAUACCAAAAUCGGAAAAUCAAUGGAAUGAUAAUGAUAAGAAGUUGUGGUCUCAUGGUUGGAAAGCACAAAAUAUUCUCAGAUCUGCAUUAGGUGUUGAUGAGUAUUAUUGUGUCUCUCAUUGUGAAACCGCCAAGGCUAUGUAUGACCUAUUAGAAGUUGCCCAUAAGGGAACUAAUGAAGUCAAACAAGCUAGGAUCAAUACUUUGAACCAAGAGUUUGAACUUUUUUGUAUGAAGCAUGAUGAAACCCUUGCCGACAUGCAAAAGAGAUUCACAUAUCUUAUUAAUAGAGUGAAUGCUAUAGGUAAUUCUAUCUCCAAUGUUAUUGCUACUAAUAAGGUUUUAAGAUGUCUUAACAGGGAGUGGCAACCCAAGGUCCCUGCUAUCAAAUAG